GGAGAACAUUGCAAAAAGAAGAAGAGAAACCUAUACACUACAAUUAGCUAUAUACAUAUAUGUGUGUAUAUAUAUAUUGCUACAGAGAGAGAGAGAGAGAUCAUUAAAUAAUUGAGUAGUAGUGUGUAAAGGAGUGUAUAAAUAGUACUACUUAUUCUGAUAUAUAUAGUUUUACAUAUAUAUAUAAAAAGUGUUAAUAAUGGUGGUAGUAAAGAUAGCAGCGGCUGAGGAAUCAGCAGCAAGAGUUGAGGAAGGAGUAAUGGUGAUAAGAGAGUAUGAUGAGGAGAGAGAUAAGGUGGCGGUGGAGGAGCUUGAGCGCCGCUGUGAAGUUGGUGGCGGCCGCCGUGGUAAGCCUUCGCUUGUCACUGACCUCAUGGGCGACCCUAUUUGUCGUGUCCGACAUUUCCCAACUCACAUCAUGCUGGUAGCAGAGUACGGAGAAGAGAAUGAGAUUGUGGGCGUAGUAAGGGGUUGCGUCAAAAACGCCACAAGAGGGAGUUCGCUUUAUGUAAAGUUGGCAUAUAUUUUGGGCCUAAGAGUCUCUCCCACGCACAGGAGACUUGGUAUUGGUACUAAAUUGGUGGAACAACUAGAAAAGUGGUGCAAAGAAAAGGGGGCGGAGUACGCGUACAUGGCCACGGACUGCACCAACGAGCCCUCUAUCAAUCUAUUCACAAAGAAAUGUGACUACACCAAGUUUCGUACCCCAACCAUGUUGGUGCAGCCAGUUCAUGCUCAUUCCAAGCCCAUACCCUUAAGCAUCGCCAUUAUUCGAGUUCCGCAGAAGCUCGCCGCCUCUAUGUACUGCCAAAUCUUCGCCAAUUCGGAGUUCUUCCCCAAAGACAUAGACGCCAUUUUAGCAAGCAAACUCAACUUGGGAACUUUCAUGGCCGUACCAAAGAAUUCCCUCCCCAAAUGGGACCCCAGGAAGACGAUGUUUCCCCCUAGUUUCGCGUUACUAAGCGUUUGGAACACUAAGGAAGUGUUCAAGUUACAGCUGAAAGGUGUCUCGGCUUUAACGUACGCAUGCUGCGAAGGAAGUAGGGUUUUGGAUGCAUGGAUGCCAUGGCUGAGGUUGCCUUCGUUCCCAGAUGUGUUUAGGCAGUUUGGUGUGUAUUUCAUGUACGGACUCCACAUGGAGGGAAAGCAAGGGGUGAGGCUCAUGAGGUCUCUAUGUACCUUUGCCUAUAACAUGGCUAGGGACGACGGUGGAUGUGGCGCCGUGGUGGCCGAGGUGAGCCAGAGGGACCCUGUUAGAGUGGCCAUUCCUCACUGGAGGAAGUUCUCUUUGGCCGAAGACCUUUGGUGUAUCAAGAAACUUGCAACGCUGCAUGGAGCUCGAGAGAAAGAGACUAGUACUACUACUGCGAUGGCCGAGAGAUUUGAGCCGUCUGAUUGGACUAGUUCUCGAUCAUCUUCGCCAGUGAUCUUUGUUGACCCCCGUGACUUUUAAUAUAAUAAUAAUAAUAUUAAUUUAGAUUUCAUCGUCACCAUGAUGUGUAUUUCUUACGUACACACACAAAAGCCAGGGAUAAACAAAUGUGAUCACUUGGUCUGGUAGAGUUUCAAUCUUGUACAUUUCUCCAUUUGUAAGAUGUGAUCGAUCUCAGCUUAAUUUAGAUCCAAGAUUAAUGAAAUCUACUCUCUUCAGGACCA